AUGGUGCUAGCAGAUUUGGGCCGUAAAAUUCGCUGUGCGAUCAGUAAACUCGGCCAGGCGACGAUCAUCAACGAGGGUGAGCUCAAUGCGAUGCUCAAAGAGGUCGGUGCAGCACUUCUGGAGGCGGACGUCAACGUUCGACUGGUCAUGCAGCUCAAGGAUAACGUAAAGUCAGCAUUUUUCCUUUUUCGCCGUUCCUUUUUCGCCGUUCCUGCUUCGCAGUGUGUGCCGGAUGGGCUGGGAACACUCUUCCGGCUUGUUGACGGGGACUGCAUGUUGAAUUAG